CAUUCUUCCUGGUCGGCUUUUUCCUGGUCGGCUUGUGGACGGGUCUUCUGUCAUAAAUGCAGAGAAAUGGCGCUGGCUGGCCAUCAAAGCGAGUUUGUCCAUGACGGAGGGAACAGAGAGGAAGAACCCGAACCGAACCGGUUGGAGUCUUGUUUGGAUCAACCCAUGGAGUUGGACAUCCUGGAGGUCAUCAGCUCUACACCAUCACUUCUUCCAGCCAAAUAUUAUGAUGCAGACACCACCAAACCCAUCAGCUGUGGUCUUCACACAAUGGAGGAGUUGUUGUCAUGGAGACGAAGUGAAGCAAACCCCUUCAAUGUUGCAGUAGCCCCUCUGGCGCCUCGGGAGCCUCCUCUUGCCAGCUCUCCCCGUCGGACCUUGGUGUCCCAUGACAUGAUGGGUGGAUACCUUGAUGACAGGUUUGUUCAGGGAACCAGUUCAGAGACUCCGUACGCCUUCUACCACUGGCACUACAUUGAUAUUUUCAACUACUUCACUCAUCAGCUGGUCACCAUCCCUCCAGCUGUUUGGACCAAUGCUGCACAUAAACAUGGAGUUGUUGUUCUGGGGACGUUUAUCACGGAGUGGACGGACGGAGCCACGAUGUGUGAGGCCUUCCUGAAAGAUGAGGAGUCGUACCGGAAAGUGGCCGAUAAACUGGUCCAGAUCAGUCAGUAUUACGGCUUCGAUGGCUGGCUCGUCAACAUAGAGAACGUCCUCACGGAAGCUGCAGUGAGGAACACACCUUUGUUUCUGCGUUAUCUGACAGAACAGAUGCAUGAGCGAGUGUCCGGCAGCCUGGUCCUGUGGUAUGACAGCGUGGUCCAGGACGGACAGCUGAAGUGGCAGAAUGAGCUGAACCAGUCCAACAGGAUGUUUUUUGACGCGUGUGACGGUUUUUUCACCAACUACAACUGGACCGAGCAGAACCUGGAGUGGAUGAAGGAGUACAGCGGGAUCCAAGGCCGCCAGGCCGACGUCUACGUCGGGGUGGAUGUGUUUGCUAGAGGAAAGGUGGUGGGAGGAAUGUUUGAAACCAACAAGGCUCUGGAAAUCAUCCGGAGGCACAACUUCUCUGCAGCCAUCUUUGCUCCAGGCUGGGUGUAUGAAAGCCUCAGCGAUAGGAGCGAAUUCCGCAAGAAUCAAGACAAGUUCUGGUCUCUUCUGUCCGAUCACCUGUACGUCCACCAGUUGGCUGCACAGCUCCCCUUCAUUUCCUCCUUCUGCCAGGGCUUUGGAAAGGCCGUGUACUGGAGAGGACAGGUAGAGGCGGCGAGAAGCUGGUUCAACCUGACUGCUCAGGAGAUCCAGUCCCUCUACUUCCACCCGGACCUGCAGGGCCAGGGCUGGCUGAGGACCCGAGGUUGCCCAGAGGAUGCCUGGAACGGAGGCUGCUCUCUGCUGCUGGAGGGAGUCAUUCCUGCAGCACUCAGGACCCCAGUUUGUGCCAAGAUCUUGUCUCUUCAUGUUCCGCUGGCUCUGAAGACCCUGGUGUCCAUCGUCUACAAGGCCUCAGCUGGGAUCGUCGUCUCUUUGCAGCUGAAGACAAUAGAUGCAAUUCGCUGCACUCACGUCAACGUCCAGGAGGUCGGAUUUACUGGUGAUAACCAGUUAAUGAACCAGUUCUCUCAGCUGUGUGGGAACCUGAAUCCAUCUGGUUGGACUCACAGAUGUUCACAGCUAGAGCUUCACAGCUGCAUCCUCCGGGAGGUUUGUGUCCUCAUCCAUCGAGUCGGAGAACCUCAGGACACACCUUUCAGCUGCAGGCUGGGAGAGCUGAUGGUGUUGGACGUGGCUGAUCUGCAGGCGCCUCCCCCGGCUGUUAAAGGUUUGUGCGUUAAUGAUGUAGUUUGGCUGCGUGGUGCUGGUUCCUCACCUGAGACCAGGUCUUCGUACCUGCACCUUAAUGCCACUCUGCGCUGGGACUACCCACUGGAACUGGUGCGCUACUUCAGGGUGUACUGGCGACGGCUGAGAGGACCUGAUCCACGAAUCCCGCCAGGUCAGCUGGUUCUGGUGGACCGGGCUUACUCCAGUCUGUUCAGGGUGACAGAGCUGGCUGUGCCCGACCCGCCCGGCUUGCUGGAGCUGGUGGUGGAACCGGUGAUCAGGAAGGGCGUCCCGGUCCCUGAGAGCCACUGGGGAAGAAGACCGCUCAGCUACAUCGAGGAAUCUGCUUUGUGAUCCCACACAGAGGAUCUGGAGACGAUUUCUCUGGGAAGCUCAAAGCAAAUAUAAUGAGAAGCUUCCAGGCUGAAAGAUUUGAUCACUGCAGACUAAACCGUCUUAAAGAUUUUUUGUGUUCUUUGUUUUCUUUAGAUAAAAACAGCUGAGAUUCAUCCUGGCUUUGAGAAACACUGAGAAUUCCAAUAGGAAAUGUGUGUUUGCUGCAAAUGUUCAGUGUUUCUUUGUAAAGCAGAAGUGUGAACUGGAGCGGCCUCCCAGAGUCUAGAAAGCAUCCGGAAACCAUCAUCUGUCAGAUCUGCAGAAGACCAGAAUCCCUGAGGAAAAUGCUCCACAGUCAGUUGAGUUUUAAGACGAUUGAAGGAUCGUUUCCAGAAUCCGAAUCCACGAAGCUGCUGCUCUUCUAUCCGUCCUCUCAGAAAACAGCUCCUUAGUUUGUUCAUUCUUUGGACUUCAGAGGAAGAAAUUCCCAGUCCCAACCAGAGAAUGAAGCAACCCUGGAUUAUAAUCCAGAUUUUCUCCACUCUGCUGAUCCAGAUGAAGAACAAUUACUAGGAGAGACAUUUUACUCUUUGACUCCUCUGUAAUGUAGAUUUUCCUCCAGAUCUCAGCUGGUUUUUGGAGGUGGACUUUUCAGUCAGAUUUCUGCUGGGACAGACUGACGUAUUCCCAGGUCUAACUGGGAACGUUUACACUCUUCCAUCGGUCUCCAGGCUGAACUACCUGCUGGACAGAUUUUGGGAUCAUGUUUCCUCCUUCAGCUCUGAAAACAUUCUUUUAUUAAUAAAUAAAAUCAUCUUUAUACAA